AUGAUUGUGCUGAACAGCAAUAGAAUUAGAAAAGUCAAAUGCGACGAGAAUAAGCCGUUUUGCCAAAAAUGUGUCAACACUGGUCGUACUUGCGACGGCUACGAAUCCCCUUUUAGGGUUUUUACCAGUCAACCCAGCAACAACGGUCAUGCUGGUGGCAUCACGUCAGACGUUGCUUUACAACCCAUCAGGCCCAUCUUGACUGAGAUCACCCCUCAGGACAUCGCCCUUCUCAGCCGUUACUUCUCAACCAAAACCAUCUUUGACGUGAGGCUGGGCUGUGACGAAGAAGCCAGGCAAGUCCUGCAAGCCAGCCUGACUGAUCCGCCUAUACGACACGCAGUUUCGUCUCUCAGAGCUCUCCGGGAAGAUUUCGAGACGUCCGGAGACGGUCGAGCGUCUGUCGCACAGCAGACCCCGAGCUAUAGCUAUGGCCUCCAGCAAUACUGUAUGGCUUUGGGCGGUCUCGCGUCUAACUUGUCAUCUCUGGGCUCUAAUGGGUUGAAGUCGGCAUUACUUUGCUGUCAGAUCUUCAUCAGUAUUGAGCAAGUGCGGGAAAAUUACGCUGCUAUGGCCCAGCAUAUCGUUCGAGGACUCAGCAUCAUGUACGAGUACCGGGCGAGGCCACAUGUUGUUGCGGCGAGUAGGUUGGUGCCAGCACACCACGGCCAGCUACCCUUACUAGAUGUUUUCAUCAUCAAGCUGUUCGCUGCACCAUCUUACAAGGAUCGCCGCAUCGACGCUCGAAUUCCUCGGCAAAGUGUCGCGAGUCAAAUCGAUAGGAAACGCUCUUCGACUACUAUCCGAGAAAACGGCUCUGCUGGACUCCUUAGAAUCGUGGCUCAUUGA